AAAACUAUUCGACGUCGAUCGCUAGUACAAUUUGUACACUCGAAUAGCCGUGAGGUAGUCACGAUAGCAGCGUUUAUCACUGUACCUACCGCCAGCACAUCAUACGGAGGAUCUGCUCUGGUUCGCUGCAGUAACUCCUAUCCUAUCUUCAGUAACUCGGUAUGGCUCUGAGCGACGUUCGCGGCGCUCAAAAGUGGCAGAUCAAUAGAUGAUAACGUCAUCCGACUGGAUCAGCCACGAUCGUUUGUCGUAGGCACUACCGGGUUCUUGUUUGCGGUCAUCGCUAGACUGCCAUUGUCUUCAGCACAGUUUGUGUUAACAAAAGCUCCCAUUGAUCUGUAGUUGCGGUCGUUUGUCUCAUGAAGAGUGGUUAUUACUCGACGGUAACGCCCGUUAAGACAGAUUGCCGACCGGACCAUUUCGCUGCUAGAUCCAUCACGGGAGUAAUUACCAUUAUGCUAUGGAGGGCUCAAACGAUUGACUACCGCAUAUCUGUGUAUCAGUAGUGGUAGAAGUUAUCCACCCGUAUCUACCACCGUUUGUGAUCGUGGUUCAUGGCUAACUACUUUGCCGUAUGGCCGUUUUGUCUUGCUGUUAUCGUCUUUGUCAUUGUUGUUGUUAUUAUUGUUGUCUUGUUGUGAUGAUGAGGUCUUGAUUAGCAGCUCCGUGAUGCGAUCAUUGUGUUCGUUUGAUAACGUUUCCCAAGGUCAGUCUAAUAAAAACCCCUGCCUCCUGACGAUAGCAACAGCAGCAGAAGUAACGUGCAAUGCGCGUCUCUGCGUACAGGGCAUCCGGACAGUUUUUCAAAUGUUUACGACGACGGCCACAGCUGCUGCUCUAGCAGCAAACCAGACUUGCCCACCGGAUGGCGGGCAAGUCUGUUAACGCUAUCAUUAACAUUAUUGGAUCAUUAACGGCGGUGCAUAAAAUUGACUUGACACGUCCACGACCAAUAUUGCAAUAGUAGCAGAUAGGCUGGCAUGGCGUCACUUUGGCAACGCGCCGCCGUAUUGCACGUUUUCGCUUACCAUUUAACUAAUCCACAUCUCUGGUCGCCGCAUUGACUUUGACGGACUUUCGUUUGCCAAUGAUGGUCGCAGAUACAAGUUAGGGUGGACUUCGGCUACCUAACACCCGUAGUAUCACGCUUAAGCCAAAGUCUAUUCAUAGCCGCGGGAUAGUAUCCCCGUGGCUAUCCGCCUGUGCCAGGUGGUUGAACGACACAGUGAAACGUCGCAACAGCAGCAGCAGCAGCAAAAUGCCGACAACGCCGUUAGCGCACGCAGUUAACGUUCUAAAAUGCCCCGAAUCACAACGCUGCUGCUCCUGUUGCCGCUGCAAUAUGUUAUAGUAAGUUUCGAACGCUGCGCCCGACCGGCAUCCAAACCGCCCCCUCUGGCUUCCACACCCCCUACCCCAAAAACGGCUGUGACGCUUGUGGUACGCGACGAAGGCAAGGGCCACUGGGCCAACAACACUGAAUGGACGUUGGGUAGCGGACCCAGCGUCAGGAACAUGCCGCGGUUAUUGUUUAAAAGCCAGCUUCACGUUGGUGACGGCCAGAAGACGCCUCAUCGUAGUGGCGAUACUACAGGCACCAGUUUAACAUCUGCUGAUUUAGAAAGUACUCUUAACCGGCGGAGCACGUGUGCAAAGGAAAAUGCAUGUUAUGAAGACCACACUGACCAUAGCUUUCGCGGCUUGCGCUGUCCUCUCGGUUAAUGGUCUCGGCACGAAGUCGGCCGUAAGGGCCGGAGCCGCCAUUGCAGCUAUAGGAGCCGGGGCUCUCUCGCAGAUCGCUCCUGCGGUUGUAGCCGCCGGUCUGUGGGCUCCACCUCAGCAUGGUCACCACGAACAACAUGGCGAACACGGAUGGGAGAGUCAUGGCCAUGGAGAAGGCGGCAGAAGUUACGGUCAUGGCCACCAUGGCAAACCAAGUCACGGUAUCGGACACGGUCACGGACAUGGGUACAAUGAGUUUGGCUGGGCUAGCCUGCCUUCUCCCGUUGUUAACGUGGGUCCGCUGCUCCGUCACGUUGCUUUGCCGCCCAUCCACGAGCUUUUGCCCCGCGUCAACGUCGCUCUUCCCCGAGCCCACGGACUUCACGGAUGGUAGACAGGGUAAAAAAAGAUGAUGAUCGACUGAUAGUGAUCAGGCGGCGGAGUGAUGAACUUGGUGACGAGGUGAUGAAAUCGAUAAUGAUUGUGUUGGCAGAAGCUGACGUAGAGGUGGUAACACGUUUGCUAAAGUAACUGGAAAUUCUUCUUAUAGAUAUACCUUAUAGAUAUGGGAUCGGAGUCAAAGUAACUGAGGGGUUAAACCCUACAAAUAAGUUCGGCUAGCAAAGAUUACACAUUUCGGACGGAGUAUGGUUUCUUCAGGUAGAUGCAGCAAUUUCUAUAUGAUGUGUCAUAUACGUACAUCAACAAGGGAUUUCCGCGUUGAGCGUUUCCGUCGACGUUGUUAGCAUCUGCUAAGGAGGGACCGUGAUGUGUUCCAAAAGUUUUUUCAAUACUAAUUUGUAUUCGGCGAUCGAAAAGGCGAGGGUCCUUCUGGAAAGGAUCUAGAUAGGUCUACCGCAGAAAUGUCGGUUUUGCGGGAUAUAGUCAAGUAAUAUCUAUAUAUACUUAGAGAGAGACGGAGGAAGAGAGGGAAAGAGAAAGCCAAAUGUAUAUACUUUACGAAUUUCGGAUAUCUAUUAGUGCGCUGACAUUUAAUUUUUUUUAUUUACAUGGUCCGGUCACUUCCGAUGCUAACAUUUGACGUUAUAAUCAAUAGGAAAUCAUACAAGUCAGCAUUUCGUAGCUCUUUUGCGAUAACAAUAAUUGUAAUAGUAGGAACCAUGAGAACUGAGAAUGCGACCUGCGCACUGCAUCUCGAUUGAACUGAACCUUCAAGUAGACCCAGAUCCAAUCGAUACCAUACAUGUUCCUGGUAUAUUUUUGCGCAUGUGCCACAUACCUGGGCCGUGACGUCCUGACGUUUCAUAUGCGCUAAAUUUUUCAACUGGUGCCAAUGUUGCUAUGACUUUAAUUGACUUGAUAAAUAUUCGUCUCGAGUUUAACCUCGUUAAAAAAUGUGUCUGUUAUUUAAGUGUUUAUAAGCACAAAAAGCAAGUAAAACUUAAAUGGCUAUGUCACACCAGUGCCCAAUGGAACUGCGGGAAAGAAUUCGCUGUCAUGACGCAUCCGGCAGAAACUCAACUGGGUUACGCGUUCUCAAGCACAUACAAAGCAACGCUCUUAUUGAGCGAUUUGAUUGAAAGGCCAUGGCCAAUCAAAGAUCACCUCAAACCUUUGAUGUCUAAUAUAAAGUAAUCAUCAUCCGAAUUGUAUGUGAAUUAUCGCGUGCCUGUGUGUAUGCAUGUAAUGUAGUGUGUGGUCGGUCCAAUGCUAUAUUCGCCGAGCCUGUUAUCUUAUCGUGCUGUAUGCGUUUUGCCGGUCUGUGUAUGCAGACAAACGUAAUUGUCUGAGCUGUUGGGCACUUGUUGUGCCCACCAGCGCCUCCUCAGUGUUGUUAGACGCACCAUUAUAUAUAUAUAUAUAUAUAUACAUAUAUAUAUAUAUCCCAUAUACCUAAGAGCAAAUCGAUGCCGUACAAAGACAACAAACAAGAACAACUCAUAUAUGGUGCCGCUUACCAUCCGUGGACGACUGGCGGCCAAGCUGUACAUACAAUAUAUAACAAAUAAUAAAUGUCUACGU